CCUAAAUUCCCAACCUAUCUUUUCGUUCUGUUCAAUUUGUAAGAAAGAAAAAAUGUUUAGUUUGUUUUUUUGUUUCUCAAACUCAAAGCCUUCCUAUCGCAUCGUAUCGUAUCUCUCAAUAAACACCCCUUGACAACUCUCCUAUUUCCCAUUCUGUCUCUCCUCUUCUUCUUCAAUCUUUGUUUUUUUUUUUUUUUUUUUUUUUUUUUUUUUUUAAUUUAAAUUUUUUAGAUUUCUAGUUUCGAAAGCGAGCUCUGGAAGAGUACGGAAAUGGACGGUGGAGGACAGUACAACCCUCGCACAGUGGAAGAGGUUUUCAGAGACUUCAAAGGCCGUAGAGCUGGCAUGGUCAAAGCCCUCACUACUGACGUUGAAGAAUUUUAUCAGCAGUGUGAUCCCGAGAAGGAGAAUCUUUGCCUUUAUGGAUUCCCUAAUGAACAGUGGGAAGUUAAUUUACCUGCUGAAGAAGUGCCUCCGGAGCUCCCAGAGCCUGCUUUAGGAAUCAACUUUGCCAGAGAUGGCAUGCAAGAAAAGGACUGGCUGUCUCUGGUUGCUGUUCACAGCGAUGCAUGGUUACUUUCAGUGGCAUUUUAUUUUGGUGCCAGAUUUGGUUUUGAUAAAGCUGACAGGAAACGUCUCUUCACUAUGAUAAAUGAUUUGCCAACAAUAUUUGAAGUUGUAACUGGAACUGCAAAGAAACAGUCCAAGGAGAAGUCAUCAGUUUCAAAUCACAGCAGCAACAAACCCAAGUCAGGCUCAAAAGGGCAGCGAGGAUCCGAAUCAGUCAAGUUUCCAAAGCCAACAAAGGAUGAGGAUGAGGUAGUGGAUGAAGAAGAUGACGACGAGCAUGGGGAGACCUUGUGUGGUGCUUGUGGAGAGAACUAUGCUGCAGAUGAGUUCUGGAUAUGCUGUGACAUAUGUGAGAAAUGGUUCCAUGGCAAAUGUGUGAAGAUCACCCCUGCAAGGGCUGAGCACAUCAAGCAAUACAAGUGCCCCUCAUGCAGCAACAAGAGAGCGCGUCCUUGAUAUUAAAGGGAGGUGGGUUAAUUCUCACCCCUUGUUACUCAUCAAAAUUAAAAAUUCUCACCCCUUGUAAUUCUCUUAUGUUGAACUCAGCUAACUAUUUAGUUGGUGAGGUUUUGUGUUGUGCCAUUUUAGCACAGCAUAUGUAUUCAGUACUUUGGUCUUGGGAAUCUUGUCCUUUAGACAUGUUAAAUAUUUGGUAGUUUGCAGGUUUUGAACGUUGUCUUCUAUUUAUUCUUGAGUGGGAUGCAUAUCUCCACUGUGUAAGAAAGCAUUUUCCCAGUUUAAGUUCAGUAGGUUUUAAUUUAUCCUUGCCUUA